CAACACAAUCUACUAUCUCAUUCAAAUCUUCAAAAUCCGAAGGAAAAAUAACAUAGUUUUACAAAGGCAGCAGGAUGGUAAUGUCAAUGUUCAGUUCAUUUGAUGCUCUCUUUGCAGAAUCAUUUGCCCAGAAAGUUGGGUUUUCUUGGCCUGUUGUGUCGACUAAAGAAAGCCAGACUUCUUCGUCGUUUCUAGAUAAUUCUGCAGAUAAAUUUAUCGGUAAAAAGAUGUCGGAAAAUCAACAAGUGCAGCAGAAAAGGAGCAAGACAACAAGUACUAGAUUUGCGCCAGAGUUGGAUGGAGUUCAUUGUUUCGAGACCAUUAUUCGAUAUUGAUAUGUCAAGCUCUAUGUAAUUUUGUGUAUGCUUGUACACCAUCUGUCUGUAUUAAUAUUCAUUCUUUUCUCUCAAUUUAGAUCCGCUCUUGUUGAUUUUUUACUGACUUUUAAUUAUAUAAGCGGCUAUGAUCUUCGCUUUUAAGCUUGAAUAUGAUUACAAAUUCAGAAUUUCUUUUCUUUCUUUCUUUUUAAAUCUGGCUUGCUCUGUCUUCAAGUGAUCAGAUCGUAUACGUGUUCAGAUAAAUUAAAUGUACCAAUACUUUUGAAGUUUUUGAAAGUUAAUUUCUAAUGCAAGCUCUACUAUGUUGGAUGAUGAUAGGGAACACACCAAUAGGCCUCCACGUGUUAACAUCUCAGCUAAUUAAACAAAGCGCCACGGACAGGUCGGGUCGAAGGACACUUUUACCCUUGUCCCCGCUGUCUCAGCCCGGGGGGCACGAGAGCGUGCACGUGUUAAUCAUCUAAAGAAAGGAACUAUAAAUACCAGCCAGGAGCAGAAGAAGGGUAAGCCAUUCCAAAGUAAAGAAAUUAUUAUGUUAUAAACCCAGAAAACUGAUUAUCACACCGGAGGUGCUUAACGGCCCAAACCCCCGGCUAGGCAUUGUUUUGCAGGAACACACAAUCUACAAUCCCCAUACACCAGCUAGGGAAGUUAGGUAUUCUGAGACUUAUCAUUUGGCGCGCCAGGAAGGGGGUGGUAGAAGGAAAUUCCUCCCCGAACUGAAAGAUCUGCAGCAUGGUCACUACUGAAGCGCCAAAAGAAUCACGCACCAAAAGAGGACAUGACCACGAGAAGCCGAAGAACGAGAGAACAAGAUCCGCUCAACCUGGAAAUAAUGGAGAAGCCGAGGGAAGCGAGGCUGAAACAAGGGGAAGUGAUCAUUCAAAGCAAAUCACCUUGACAGGCUUGACACGCCGACAAGCUAAAGAUCUCAGAGAAACGGUGGCGGAUUUGAAAGCUCAGAGGAAGCAUCAAGAAAGAGGGGAGUCAUACAGGAGCGAAAGACAUACGUCAACAAAAAGCAACAACCGGGAGGAAAGUAGCGAUAGAUCCAUAUUUUCUCGACUGGGAUCGUCGCGAGCUUCAUCCCACACCCGGCAUGGGGGAGACCACCAUAGAGAUGAAACAUGGAGACACUACCAGGAACGCCGUGAAGAGGAGAAGAAAGAAGAGGAAAGGAAAAGAUUAGAGGAGGAAUACCUCGAAACUAAACAUGAAAACAAGAAACGAAAUAGGGAAGAGAGGGAGAGACCUAAGAAAGGGACUACGACAGCCACAAGAGAUGAUCUGUUGAAAACUAUCGAUGAUCUGAAGAAGAGGGUCGAAGGAGAAGUUAACACUUUGGAGGGUAGUUCCCCUUUCACCAAGAAGCUGGAAAGAGAAAAGAAACAGAGGCAUCUCAAACACCCGAACAUCGAUGCUUACAGCGGGGAAGGCGAUCCUGAGGAUCACCUUAACCAAUUCGAUCAGUUGAGCAAGUUCUACGAAUACACGGAUUUGACUAGUUGCCGUUUCUUUGCUACCAGCCUCAAGGGAAAUGCACAACGAUGGUUUAAUAGAAUACCGCCUCGAACGAUCGAUUCUUGGGCGGACUUCAAAAAAUUGUUCUUAGUAAGAUUCCGGGCGAACAAACCACAUGAGGUCCAUACUGUCUAUUUGGAAUCCGUCCGCCAGGGGGAUCAUGAAGAUUUAGAAAGCUACUUGAAACGUUUCAAACAAGCAGUAGAUAAAGUAGAAGUGGUAAAUGAAACGGAAGCGUUGAUACAUUUGAGAAGAGGAUUGAACCCAUUUGAGUGCGAGAAAUACAUCUGUGAAUUGAUGAACCAGAAGCCGGACACUUUAUCUAAAGCAUAUCAGUUAGCAUCACGGUUCAUCACAGAGGGGGAAGCAAUGAGAGUACUCAAACAAACAAGGGCGCCUCCCGCCCAAACUCAACAUCAUUUUCAGCAGGAAAGGAUCACAUACCAGCGGACGCAAGAGCCCGCACCAAGAUAUCCCGAACAGUCCGCAAGGGGAAAUCUGACAAGCACUUUAGAAAAAACCACGAUGCCCGUGAUUGACAAGACCCGUCUAGCCUUACCCCCUCCGGGACCGCCCAGUCGGGAAGAUAGGCGCCCGGAGCCCACCUUUACGGUGUUCAGUAUGCCGCGUGAGGACAUACUCAAGGAGAUACGCAAUAAACCUUUUUUCUCGCCACCACCCCCGAUGUGGACAACCCCUGAAAAGAGAAAUUCGUCCGAACAUUGCGGUUACCACGAAACUCACGGACACUCUACGGAAAGUUGUAAAUCCCUGAAAUAUUUCCUCGAGAGACUGCUCCGACAGGGGCAUAUCAACCAGUACCUACCUAGACAAAUCGUCAACCAGGAAUAUCAGGGGACAAACUCGAGCACGGCGGGCACUUCCUCGAUCGAUAAGGGAAAAAAUAUUAUUAACGUGGUUUUUGGGGGGAGUCAAACACCACCGCGGGCAGUGGAAGGGGAAGUCUAUUUGAUUGAUAGCGGGCCGAGCACAAAUAAUGUUGUUUCUUUUGCUGAUAACGACUUCGAAGGAGUGAACCCAGAUCAUAAUGAGGCGUUGGUAGUCAGCAUAGAAAUUCAGAAUAAUAUUGUCAAGAAAGUAUUGGUCGAUAACGGGUCCUCGGUAGACGUGAUGUUCGCUCAUUGCUGGGAAAGGAUGAAGUUGCAAGGUUACGAACUUCAAGCAUGCCCCCAAGGAGCCCCUCUAUAUGGACUCGGAUACAAUACUAUCCCCGUUAUGGGGACGGUGAGGGUACCCGUCGUAUUUGGAACAUCCCCUAAAUCUGUGGUAAAGGAGGUCAAACUGUACGUGGUUAAUACCCCGUCAGCAUAUAAUAUGAUAUUGGGACGGCCUUCUCAAAUAGCAUUGCGGGCGAUAACAUCCAUCACCCAUUUGAAAUUAAAAUUCCCAAUUCCAGGGGGCAUGGGAGAGAUCAAAGGAGACACGGCGGCUGCCAGGGCAUGUUAUGGAUCGAACAUGGCGUUGGCACAGACAGACUCAAAAAAUUGGCAGACACACAAACCACACAAAAGAAAGGUUGAGCAGAAUCAACAGAGCACGGAAACAGAUAGGCAAGUGAAGAAAAAGGAGAUACAGGUGUUAGAAAGUGCGAUACCACCAGAUGCGGACGGAGAAGAUCAGAGGGUGAACUCAUUAUUGAAAAGUUGCAUACAACGGGAUGACACAGGAGUGACAGCGGCAGCGACGGCUACAGAAGGGAUAGAAUUAAUUCCAGGCAAUAAAGAAAAAAUCAUCAACAUAGGGGCUGGGCUCGAUGCGGUACUAAAGGAAGGAUUGACAAAAUUACUCAGAGACUAUGCGGAUGUAUUUGCAUGGACGUCCGAGGAAAUGCCAGGGAUUAACGAAUCGAUAGCCAUGCAUAAGCUAAAUGUACAUCCCGCAGCGAAACCCAAGAUCCAGAAACGGAGAAAUUUUUCCCCAGAGAGACAACGGGCAAUCGAUGAAGAAAUAGACAAAAUGUUGGAUGCAGAUCUUAUAUGUGAGGUCACGUACCCGAACUGGGUGGCCAAUGUAGUGUUAGUCAAAAAAGCUAAUGGUAAAUGGAGGGUGUGUGUGGAUUACACAGAUCUAAACGCCGCAUGCCCUAAAGACCCGUACCCGUUACCCACUAUCGAUCAAUUGAUCGACGCCACAGCGGGACACUUAAUGCUCAGCUUCAUGGACGCGUUCUCAGGGUAUAAUCAGAUCAAACUGUCCCCACAAGAUAGAGAGAAAACAUCUUUCAUCACGCACAGGGGGGUUUACUGUUACAAAGUCAUGCCGUUUGGGCUUAUUAAUGCGGGUGCCACGUACCAACGCAUGAUGAACAAAGUAUUCGCGGAUCAGUUGGGAAGGAAUAUGGAAGUUUAUGUUGAUGAUAUGAUAGUCAAAUCCAUGGAAAAAGAGGUGCACUUGAAGGAUCUACAGGAGUGUUUUGAUAAGCUCAGAGCAAGUAAUAUGAAACUCAACCCCAGCAAAUGCACGUUCGCAUUAGGGGCCGGCAAGUUUCUGGGAUAUUUGGUGAGUGUCCGAGGGAUUGAAGCUAACCCAGAAAAGAUCAAGGCUAUCACUGACAUGAAACCACCCAGCAAUACUAAGGAAAUCCAGAGGUUAACAGGCUGCUUGGCAGCACUCAGAAGAUUUAUUCCGCGCUUGGCGGAUCGAUGUCUACCAUUCUUCGCCACCUUAAAAGGGGCUGCAUCAACUAAAACCUUCCGCUGGAGCGAAGAAUGUCAGAAGGCAUUUGAUGACCUCAAAAAAUUCCUCGCAUCACCACCGUUACUAACCACAGCAUCCCCGUCAGAAGAUCUAUCUGUUUACUUGUCUGCAUCUGAUAACGCAGUUGGAGCCGUCCUAGUAAAAGAGACAGAUAACGGGCAACAGCCUAUCUACUAUGUCAGCCAAAUACUUAAAGAGGCCGAGACAAGGUACCCGCCCAUCCAAAAAACAGCGUUUGCAUUGGUGAUGACUAGUAGGAAGUUACGGCACUACUUUCAAGGACGGGAUAUAACCGUCGUAACUGAUCAACCUUUGAAGAAACUUUUGAAUAAAUCAGACAUGUCCGGACGCCUCAUAAACUGGGCUGUAGAACUGAGCCAAUUCGCCAUCAACUUUUCUCCCCGGAAAGCGAUUAAGGCACAAGCCCUAGUGGACUUUAUAACAGAAUGUUCAUUCUCAGAAUCCAAGGAGGAGGUGUUGCAGGAAGAAAAUACGCCGGUUCAGGAGGAAGAAGAGCUGCGGAGCAAGCAGUGGAAGUUGUUCGUAGACGGCUCAUCUACCAAAGCCCGCAGUGGAGCAGGAGUUGUCUUGAUCAGCCCGGAAGGAUUCCAAGUCCUGCAAGCAAUCAAGUUCUCGUUCAAUGCCACAAACAAUCAAGCAGAGUAUGAGGCAUUAAUCGCUGGCCUUAAGUUAGCAGCAAGUCUGUUAGCACAGGAGUUACAGAUUUUCAGCGACUCACAAGUAGUGGUCCGGCAAUUAAGUGGAGAGUACGAUGUUAAUGAUCCAACUUUACUGCGAUACAAUGUCAUAUCCCGCAGUCUGUUGGAGGCAUUCCUCAAAUAUGAUAUCCAUCAAAUCGAUCGAGCGGAUAACUCAAUGGCAGAUGUAUUAUCUAAGCUAGCGGAUUCAGAGAAAGAUGAGCUGGAUGCAGCUGUCUAUUUUGAGCUGUUGACAACACCGACAAGCGAAGGGCACCAGAUUAUGGAAAUACAAAGUGGAGACGCUUCCUGGAUGACGCCCGUCAUCGAUUAUUUGAAAGAAAAUAUUUUGCCCGCUGAAGCAAACGCCGCUGCAAAGAUCCGCAGACAAGCUGCUCGUUACUUCUUGGAAAACAAUUGUCUAUACAAAAAAAGCUUUGACGCACCAGUCUUAAAAUGCAUCGACAGAGACGAAGCUGAUUAUUGCAUGAGGGAGGUACAUGAAGGAAUUUGCGGGGAUCACAUGGGGGGAAAAGCGUUGGCCCAUAAAAUCCUCCGGCAAGGAUAUUUCUGGCCCACAAUGGCAACUGAUUGUAAAAACUUUGCAAAGAAAUGUGAAAAUUGUCAAAAAUUUGCAAAUAUUCCCCGCCAACCACCAACGAUGCCGUCAUCCAUUCUUUCCCCGAUACCGUUUGCCAUGUGGGGAAUCGAUAUCAUGGGUCCGUUUCCAAAGGCAAAAAAUGAGGUGCAAUAUGUAAUGGUAGGCAUCGACUAUAUGACUAAGUGGGUAGAGGCGAAAACACUGAGAAAUAUCACCCAGGAAGAUGCAAUCAAAUUCGUGAAGGAACAUAUCGUCACAAGAUUCGGAAUUCCAGUUAUUUUGGUGUCUGACAAUGGGACUCAAUUCGUCGGCAAAAAAUUCACCAAGUACCUGUCCGAUCUAGGAAUCAAACACCGCAAAGCAUCAGUGUGUCACCCACAGAGCAAUGGACAAGUCGAGGUGACUAAUAGGAUUAUCGUGCGAGGUUUAGAGAAGAGACUGCAAGGGUUGAAAAAGAAGUGGCCAGAAGAGUUGUCUAGUGUCCUUUGGUCCUACAGGACUACAGCAAGAAGUAGCACACAGGAAACCCCGUUCAAAUUAUCUUAUGGAACAGAAGCGUUACUCCCGGUGGAAAUCGGAUCACCAUCACAUCGCCUGUUGCAGUUCGAUGAAGAGAGUAAUACUCAAGGAUUACACACCAACCUAGACCUGGUAGACGAGGCUCGGGAAUCCGCUGUCGAAAGAAUGGCCAAAUACAAAGAAAGAACCAAGGAACAUUUUGCAAAGAAGACCCGCAUUCGCACUUUCGGAGCAGGGGAUUUGGUUCUUCGGGCAACAGAAGCUUCGGACCCACGUAACACAGGGAAGUUAAUGCCUAAGUGGGAAGGCCCUUACAGGGUCAAAGACGUACUUCGCCCAGGCUCAUACAAGCUAGAAAGGUUGGACGGAUCAGAAGUGAACAACACAUGGCAUGGUGAUAAGUUACGCAAAUUUUAUUCUUAAGACGACAAAGGGACGAUAUAUUUUGCUCGCAAUAUCAACGAUAAACGUUGUAAUGUAGUUUAUCUGACUUAAUGAAGUGGCCACCUUUUGCAAUAUGAAAAA